AUGCACGUCGUCAGGCAACGGAUUCAUGCAGCUGUUUGUCGGCUUUCCGUAUGUUUUUUUUCUUCCGUUUGCAGGAUUUUUUUCUUCGAUAUAUUAAAAAAAUAAACUAUUUUUUUGAAAGAAACUUUCAAGAAAGAAUUGAAAAUAAGAAAGUUUCGGAACUUUUUUUUUAAAAAUUAAGCCACGUUUUAUUCAUUUCAAACUUAAUUUCUUUUUUUAAAAAAACUGUUUAUUGCAUCUUCAAUGUAAGAGUACAUGUGCGAUCGACUUUCAUUGAUUUGACUGUGUUUAAACGGCGGCAGGAGCUGUGGCUUAGGCCGAGACGUUGUGAAUUUCGCUCGUAGAACAUCAGGUACAAGAGAGGUCGUAGGAAGAAGUACGGUGCCGGCUUUCCAAGGGCCGAUGGCAGAGAUUGAGUCUUUUCGCUGCAUGCAGCUCCCAAUUUUAUCUACCCCGGAGGGAUGAAAGGCUUGGUCGACCUCGGGGGGACUCGAACCUACGACCUUGCGGACGUUAGAAAUGAGUUAUGCCAGCUGAGCUAUGCCGCCCCUUUAAUUUCUUGGUUUUCAUAUUUGAAACGACUUUUUCAUAUUUUUUACCAUCUUUGUAGUCGGUUUGUACACUUUUUCUAGAGUUUUUAAAAGCGCAAAGACAAAAAUGAUAAAGUUCUUGGAACGAAGAGCUGUUUUGAGUAGAUUUUAAGGUUUUCUGCGUCUUCAAAACCAUCAGCAAAGAUUCAUAAACCGACUGAAUCUGUCAAAAUGACUAUUUCGGAUCUAAUUUUCUUCAAAUCUUAGCCCUUUUCUCCUUUUUCGGACCGUCCUAACUCAAAUAAGAAACUUUCAAGUUGAAAAGGACAAUUUCUAAAAGUUCGCCCGACUUUUUUUUUCCUGAACCCAAAUCGCAUCAAUUUGAUUCGAUUGGCUCGGUAUAAAUUGACGGAAAAUUGACUUUGGCCAUUCCUUAUAAGGCGACGGGGAGGAAAAGAAAAAUGAAGAGCGCCGCCGGGCUUUGAAUCGAUUUUCUCCGCGUUUCCCUUGCUUUUUCCUUUUUUCCUUCUUACUUUUUGUUUGUGAAGGUUUUUUAAGUUAUAUCAUUUAGUUAUAUUCGUAUAUUUUCGUUUUCGCGAGCUCAUUUUUCGAGAAAAAUGAUGCAGAAAAUCUUAAUUUCGUAACGGAGCUCUAAAAAGGUGCUGAAAAAAGAGUAACUUCCUAUGAAAAAAGUUUCCUUUUCUCACAAAUUUUAUUCUCAUAUACAGGACAACAUUCCACAAAAUAAUUUGGAAUGGAACAGUCUUAGUUUAUUGAAAAUUAACUUUAAAAAAUAUUUCAAUUUUUUUCCUGCUUUUGUGUAUACGGUAGUCAAUCAAACGUAUUUACGGGCACCCAAUGCAUUUUAUUUCUCGCGAAAGGCUUAAAAAAAUUUUUUUAUUUAUUUUUUUAAUUCAAUACUUCUACUAGUUUUUUUCUUUUUUUAUAAAAUGAUUUCACAAAUUUGAACAUUUGGACACGGUCGUUUUGAAUUCAUUGUUUGUCCAUUUCACGUUGAUUUAAAAAAAUUUUUUUUAUGUAAUCUUAAAAAAAUACAAUAUUGCGUCAGUAAUAGUUUAGAGAGGUUUAUAUUCGAAACUUGAUGAAAAUUUAGUGAUAUUUAAAAAUUUUUCUCGUUUUUUUCCAAUUUUUUUCCGGGAUUUAUUGAUAAAAGACACCUUUUUUUCCAGGACGCUUCAACCUUCUCAACUUCGGCAAAAAUGAGCGUCGAUAAUGGAACGACCCGGGCUCGCCCGACUCCCAAUUCAACGGUAGAUUUUGUACUUUUUUCGAAAAAAAAACGCAUUUCCCUUCUAGAAAUUCCCACGUUGUUGACAUAGACGCAGGGUUGUUUUUGUGCACUUUCUCGCGGUUUUUUCUGUUUUGUGCCAUUUUUGCGUUUGUGUCUUUUCAAGGUAUUUGGCUCUUCUCAAUGUUCCAACUCGUUUUUGAGAAAUUCUUAAUGUUGAAAAAUAACUAUUUCUUGAAUUAAGAUUUUGAAGUAAUUUUGGGGAAAAAAGUUAUUUUGCCUCCAAAAAUAAGCUUGAAAGUUGUCAUUCUUCCAUAUUUCAUUUCAUUUCAUUUUAUUUCAAGUGUUUAUUCGCCAUUCCGCAAUCAGCACGACAAAUACAAAAAAUAAUACAUCAAAACAAUCAAAUGAAUCUAACAGCUGAUCUGUGGAAACGGCUGGAGGAAAAGAUUGUCUGAAUAGACGGUGCUAACCCCCAUUUGGUAUUUAAGUUUGUUCUUUGUAAUACGUUAGAAUUUUUUUCUAGAUUUUAGUAGGAUCUAAUGAUUUUUAAAAAAACGAUGUGUUUGAUUCGAACCAUGAGGUGAGCAUAAUCUGAAACUUGCCGAUUUCGUAUUCAAUGAUAAUUUCUCUCUCCAGUUGGUUCCAAAUGGGUAUGACUCUAUGAUUUAGGAAGCGUUGUUUGAUCAAUUCAUUCAUUGGUUGAACAAGUCUCAUUCCAUUUCCUCUGAGUUGAUUAUUUCUACUCGAAUUCAUCAUUAAUUUAACAGGCGACUCACUCCAAAAAUAUCCAUGAAUGUAUUUGUGAACGCAACAAACGUCCUUAAAAAGUCUUCUAGUCCAUAACGUCGAUAGUUUCAGUUUGGCUAAUCUACUGCGAUAAUCCAAUUUCGGAUAUAAUCUUUUGGUAAAUUUUCUCUGGACUGAUUCUAGUUGAUUUGUCUCUUUGACUCCAUAUUCCUAAAAAUAAUGGGAAUUUUCAGGAAAAAUCAAAUUUUUCACCAUCUAAAUAUGGGCGGAAUUCCGGCUUUUUGCUCUACAAAAAAAUGUAGAGCAAAAAGCAUUUUCAAAUCCAAUCAACUCUUUUCACACUCUAACAGUCGAAAAAUGUCAUUUGAAUAGGAAAAAUACCUGAAUUUCACCUUUAGAACCAAAAAAUUAGGCCUUUUUUCAUUUGAAUCUAUUCUUUCGUUAUGAAAGUUAUGAACCUUGAUUGGUAAUUUUCAACCUAUUCUUAAAAAAUUUUCUAAAUAUUUUUCUAAAUCGGUCAAAAAGUAUGCGGUUCGGAAAGAAUAGGGCCGGUUGAAUGUCCCAUUUUUGCAUUUCCGCCUUUUUUUUAAUUCAAAACUUCAUUUCUGCUCAUCUCUGUUCCCUGGUGUUUUCGUUUUUUUUUCUCACCUGAAGUGCAAGUUAUAAUUUUGAAGCCCCGCCCAAUGGAGACGGACGAACACGCCGACCGAAACGCCAUUUUUCCGUCGUUGCUCAACGUCACCCACAUCGACAUGACGUCACGAGCCGAAGACAUCCGCGCCGGGCUCGUCGACACGUUCCUCAACUUGGAGCGCGUCGACAAAAACCUCUACUUGUUCGUAUUCCCACCCCUUAAGUGGACACUUUCAAGAAAAUGAGAUUUUCUCAGAAUUUUCAGUUUUUUAUGGCUGACAGGGUAGUGAGAGUUUAGAAAAAAAAUAUUUUUUGUCGUUCUAAAUGAAUUUCCUAGAAUUUUUAUUUGUUUUCAAGCUCGAUUUAAGGGCCAGGCACCUUCUAAAGGGCCGAAAUUCUCUCCCUGUUGUGUAUGGCGGACAGGUUAUUGGACAGGUAAACGUUUCCCGCAAGUUUUUCCAAAAUGAUUUUUCCAUAGGCUCUCUCUGCCGCCACGGCAACUGUCGACGUCGGUUUUGUACCGAACAGCCUUCACAGUUACUUUAUUCAAAGCGGUAAGGAAUUUUCACAUGAACUUUAGAGUACUGUAGUGGGAGGGUCUGCAGACACAAGUAGUGCAUACUUUGGGGUACGCGCAAGUUUUGUAUUUGCAUCAUUUUACGUUGUUUUUUUGAAUUUUGUUCGUUUUAGCGGUUUUUGUUGUAUUGUUAACUUUCAAGUUUUUGUUUCAUGGAAGGAGUUUUGUAGCCGGGUGCCCUUGAAUGAUAAGAAGGAUUUGUUUUCAGUUUUUUUUUUUUGGGUUUUAUGUUAUUUUUUGAAUGAUAAAAUGUGAAGUUGAAUAGACGUUUCAUUUCAAGUUUUCAUCGGUUUUUUAAAACUAUCCAUAGUUUAGAUGUUUUUUUUUAAAUCUUUUUAUUUGUGUCUGCAUGUUCCAGCUUCAUUUAUUAGAAUAGCUCAAUUAUCUUGAAACUCCAUAUUCCGUGCAAUUUCAACGAUUAAAUAGCUAUUAAAUUUUUUUUUUCCAAUCGUUCUUGCUGCUAUAGUUUUUUCGAAAAGUGUUUCAUGUUUUCCGUUUCGAAAAAUUUCAUGAUAUGAUGAAACUGUUUCAGGAAACGUUGAAAAGCCGAUUUUAUAUCAAGUCGACCGGAUUCGGGAUGGACGGAGUUUCUGCACGCGGCUCGUUAAAGCCUUGCAAGAGGGCGAGGCGAUUUUCACCGUCCAGAUCUCAUUCCACAGGGUAUUUCUUCAUUCGAAAGAAUAGCUUGAAAAUCUCGAAAAUGCGAUCAUUUUCAGCCAGAAGCCGACUCGAUCGUCCACCAACUGCCGAUGCCUGAAGUCCCGGCGCCCGACAGCUUGGAAGAUUUGGCCGUCGUCUUUGAGAACUUGAAAAAUGUAUAUACCUUGGUCUAUUUAUUGAUGGUCUGGGGCAAGGACAGUUUUUUUCCCGUCAGGAAUACCUUUGGUUCACAGGCGAUGAUCCUUUAAUUUUUUUUAAGCCAAAGUGGGAUGUUUUGCUUAAGCUUUUCUUAACAUCAUAAUUAAAUUAAUGGUAAGAGGGCUGUUCCAGAAAAAAUUUUUUUUUGCAAAGUUUCUGUCACUUAUCAGGUAACAAGAGUAGUCACCUUUCGAAAAGUACCAAGAUUUGCAAUUUAUGACUGAAUAACAGUUCUAAACUACCGUAAUACCAACGGCUGCUUUGUUUUCCUGUCAUUUAAGGCAUUUUCCAAAAAUUUUUCAAGAUUCAGGAAAAAAAUUUUUAUUUUUGAGAUGUUGGGAUUCAAGUUUUUUUCCGGUUUUAUUAUUCUUUGAUUGUUUUUCUGAGCCAGGAUAGGCUUAUCUGAUUUUUUUAAAAAAAGAAAACUUCGAAAAAUUUUGAAACCCCAAAAAGUUUUUUUUCGCUUUUUUUAUAUUUUUUUAUUAAUUUCACAUAAAUAUAUAUAUUUUAAAAAAACCUAUCCACGGAUAUUGUCGAUGAAAAAAAGGCAAUCCAGAACGAGAUUAUCAAAAAAAUUUGGUCGGAGACGGCCGUGAAAUAGUUCUGUGAGGAAUUCAUCGGGUAAUAAAUAAAAAAAUACCAAUUUUUAGAACCCGAACAUUCCACCGGCUGCAUCGGCAAUGAUCCGAUUCAAGCAGAAGGAGAUCCCGCCGGCCUUUUUUUCAGAGUCUUUUUCGGUGUGCUUUCCAAAAAAAUAUUAUAAAAGAUUUUUUUCUUCCAGUUCCGCCCUGUUGAUAUCGACGCCUACUUGUUGCUGAAAAAAGACGACGUCCAUACCCACGGCCAUUCCACGGAAGCCUACAGAUCCUACGUCUGGAUCAAGACGAACGAGAACAUUGGUUGAAUUUACAUGCAUUUUAAACAGAAUAUUCAACUUUUUGUUCCAGGUAACGAUCCUAGAUUGCACCUGGCCGCUGCCGCGUACAUUUCCGAUGCGACGAUGAUCGAAACGGCGUUGAGACCACAUAGCAAGUGCGAUUUUCGCCUUGGAUUUAUACGAUGAUUGAUUUUUUUUUUUUGUGUGCAUAUUUGAUCGUUUUAUAGCCUAUUCCGCACCAGCUUAUCCUGAAUUUUGAUUUUCGACGAGCUAGGGAACCCUUCCGCGAAGCUUCCCUUCGAUGCGCGUGGCCUGUUUUUUCUCAUGCGCCUUUAAUUUGACUUGAAUUUUCCCUUAUAUUGAAGGCGCAUGUGCAGAGAAGGGAAGCUAUUUAAAAGUUCCGUAACGAUUUUUUUCCCAGCUCUACAGAACCCUUUCGUGAAGCUCCCCUUCGAUGCGCGUGGCCUGUUUUUCUCAUGCGCCUUUAGUUUGACCUGAAAUUUCCCUUAUAUUAAAGGCGCAUGUACAGGGGAGGUCGUGCGCAUCGAAAGGAGCUUUUCGGAAGGGUUCUGUAGCUUGGGGGAAAAUGAAAAUCUUUUGGAAACUCUUACGAAACUUCCCUUUAGGGAACUCUAUGAUGCGCGCGGCUUUCCCUGCGCAUGCGCCUUUAAUCCAACAGAAGUUUUGGGCUAAAUCAAAAGCGCAUGUACAUUGGAAAGCCGCGCGCUUCAAAGAGAAAAGUUUGUAGCUCGGAGGAUAUAGCUGAUUCACGGCUGGCUUGAACAAUCGACAAAAGGGUCCUGCCACGAAAAGAGAAGAGCAGUGCCUGGUUGGUGGAGAGCGCAGACAAGCCACGCAUCCUAGCGUCCCGAGUUAGCCGUGAUUCGGCUAUAACUAACUAGUAGUGUGUGUCAAUCAGAAAAAAAACGAAACGCGAGAAAAAUGCUCGGAGACAAAAAUUAGAACUGUUUUGGAACGCCGAUGAACACUAUUUUGCAAAUUUUUAGACGAGGCUUCAUCCCGUCGAUGGCCUUGACGUUGGACCAUUCGAUUUGGAUGCACACGGACAAUUUCCGCGUCGAUGAUUGGCUUCUUUAUGAGAACCACAGCACGAUUGCUGGUUUGUUGAUUUUCUUUUCCGUCAGGAUGCGUUUUCUGGUGAAAAAUUUACUUCUUCUCGGUAAGAUUGUCUUAAAAGUGAAUUUUCGCGCCAAAAAAUUGUUUAUGCUCUGGAAAGUCAAGCGCCACUGAAUUUUAUUCUGAAAAUGUUGAGAAAAAUUUUUUUUAUGAAUUUUAAUGAUUUUUUCUCAAAAGUAACUUCUAAAUGUUUGGCUCUUGCGAUCUGUUCCUUUAAAUUAUCCAGAAAGAGCAGUUUUCAAUAAUUUAGCGAACCGAAAUAAGGUUUCCAGUUAAAAAUUGACGGGUUGCAGCUUUUAUAGGCCAUUCCGUGCAGACGCCAUUAUAUGUAGAUAGCACUCCCAAAAGUCUCCUCUUGGCGCAUUCCGCGUGCGUGCGCGCGCCAAUUCAAAUUUCGUCUCUUGAACUAGAUUUAUAGGCUUCCAGUAUAUGGUUCUUUUUUUGUAUAAUUUUUUUCUUGCAUAAAAAAACUUCCAAUUAAUUUUUACCCGGGUAUCAUAUCUAUGAUAACUGGAUAUAUGGGCAGAGUACCUGAAAUUUUUUUGAUUGCUACCGAGUAGCCUGGAAAUGCUUCCAAGGUUUUUUUAUUAUUAUUAUUUUUUUAGUCACUUCGGUUUUCUAAUUUUUAUUAAUUCUGUUUUUCAGACUUCCUUUGAAAUUUGUAUAAGCUGUACACGUUGUUCUCCAUUCGCUCAUGAGAAACGAAGAAUGAAUUUUCAGCAGCACAUUUCCUUAUCAUGCGAGGAGCUUUGAAAAAUCGUAUCUCCGCUCAAAAACUUUUCCAAAAAAAAAACUUUUUUCACGGAUCUCCGCGGCAUUUUUUGAGAACAGAUUUGGAAACAGCAUGAAAAACUUCAUUUAGUGAACUGGGUCUCAUUCUGAAAUUCAACUGCGACCAGACACCAUUCCCUGGUCAGCUAGAGCUAAAAUUUAUGCUCGACGUCUCACGAUGGACAUAUUAUGGAAUAUUCAAGAUUCAUUUUAAGAGGUAUAUUUGUGGGCACAUUAUGGUACCUUCCCCAUUUGCCUGUGCAAGUGAGUGAAGGCGAAAUUUUGAAUUGGCGCUAAAACAAGAAGAAAACUUUCUUGAAUAAAGUUAUGCCGUGUUCAAAGUAAUUUCCGCGAAAUGCAAAAUGAUCUCUGACUCUCCAAAAUUUAGUGAUCUUUUCCUUUCUCUAACGGAUAUUUUGCAUUUCGCGGAAAUUACUUUGAACACGGCAUUAGAUUCCCUAAAUGAGUCAAUAUUAAAUAAAAGAAAACUGGAAAUGAAUAAGUAAGAAAAAUUAUACAAAAAGAACCAUAUACUGGAAGCCUGUAAAUCUAGUCCAAGAGACGAAAUUUGAAUUGGCGCGCGCACGCACGCGGAAUGCGCCAAAAGGAGACUUUGGGAGUGCUAUCUAUAAUGGCGUCUAUUCCGUGCUAGCUUUUCACGUUUUUCUCUCCGCCAAAAGGCCAGGUCAAAUUUAACCAACUUUCGCUUCAAGACCUUUGUUUCUUGCCGUUAUAAAAGCAGAAAUUUGAUCCAAUUUUGUACACGGUCUUUUUAGCUUAAAGAAAAACGUGACAAGCUGGCGCGGAAUAGGCUAUAUCGCGUCCUGAAUCCAUUUUCUAAAAAUGAAACCACGUAAAAUCCACAAAUUUCAGCCGGCGGUCGGAGUUUGAUCGAAGGGAAACUGUGGACGCGCGACGGUCGCCUCGUCUUCUCGACGACCCAGGAGGCGUUGAUCCGGGCCCAGAAGAAGAAACCGUCGACGUCUUCUUCCUCUUCUUCUUGA